UUCUCUAUACAUCACACUCGCCGCUUGUUUUUUUUUCUUUAAUUAUUUUUUUUCUCUCGCUCGCCGGAGACCAACCGGAAUCGCCGCGCGCCGCCGCCGCCGCCUCCUCGCCGUCCGCCGCAGCCGUCGAGCCCAUCGGCGCCGGUCAUGUCGAUCUUCGAGUACAACGGGAGCGCCGUGGUGGCGAUGGUGGGGAAGAACUGCUUCGCGAUCGCCAGCGACCGGCGCCUCGGGGUGCAGCUGCAGACGGUCGCCACCGACUUCCAGAGGGUGUUCAAGAUCCACGACAAGCUCUACAUCGGCCUCUCCGGCCUCGCCACCGACGCCCAGACGCUGUACCAGCGGCUGGUGUUCAGGCACAAACUGUACCAGCUGAGGGAGGAGAGGGACAUGAAGCCCCAGGCAUUCGCUAGCCUCGUCUCCGCGCUCCUCUACGAGAAGAGGUUUGGGCCGUACUUCUGCCAACCAGUUAUUGCUGGAUUAGGAGAUAAUGAUGAGCCAUUUAUAUGUACCAUGGAUUGCAUUGGUGCCAAGGAACUAGCGAAAGAUUUUGUGGUUUCUGGCACUGCUUCAGAAUCACUAUAUGGUGCUUGUGAGUCCAUGUAUAAGCCAAGCAUGGAACCGGAAGAACUAUUCGAGACGAUCUCACAAGCGCUGCAGGCUUCUGUUGAUCGAGAUUGCCUGAGUGGCUGGGGUGGUUAUGUUCUCCUUGUGACUCCCACAGAGGUUCAGGAGAGAGUGAUCAAGGGAAGGAUGGACUGAGUGCUCGCCCGUAGACCUAGAUCGCGUAGGGGAUGGUUCGUUCGUUCGAUCGAUCGAUUAUCCUGUACAACUGCCUACAGAACUAGGAAAACAUGUGUGGUCUAUUUACUUCUCAAGAAACAUCACAGCAUGAAUGGUAUCACCGUUGAUUCCUUAUCUUCAUACCCCUCAGGGUUCUUCUGCUUUCCUUCACAUAGCAUGGAAUUAUUAAACAUGCUCUUGCAGCACAACCGUGCAAGAAACCGCAAGAAGCUUUGGCCUGCUUGGCUCAGGUGACAAAUCCAUUCCAGUGUGGACAGGCUUCAAAUUCUGCUGCUGCCGCCACUGCCUUUUUCUUUUCUGAAUGAUGGUUUAAUUCGCUUUUGUUUGACAAUAGUAUCAGUCAUACCUGCUCUGAAAUGAUGGUUUCCUACUGAA